UUUCGGGGGAAUUUUUAUAUCGUUUAUAUCAGUUUUAUACGAUUUGUAACGGUCGUUUUCCUAAGAAUUUUUAAUACUUUGCUAUUCUGAUCUUAAUUAGAUUUUUUAAGUCGGAUUUGGCUGCAAGUAAGCUAGCUAGCUCAGCUAACGUCUGCGCUAAGACAUAUUUUCGGUAUUCCGGUACCUAGAGCUAGCAAGGUUUACGGAAAAAAAAAUAAAAGACUAAAGUUACCUUCGAAGCAAUACUAGUUAUAUGAAGAACGAUUGUUCAUAUCUUUAAUCUGAUAUCUGUUUGUUCAGCAAUAUUUCUUUAUAAAAUAUCAUAACCAGCAAGCUACAUUCAGAAGGAUGACGGCAGUGCAGCUUAUUAAUAUCCAGAGGUUAUUGGAAGCUGCAGAAUAUAUAGAAAGGAGGGAGAGAGAAUGUGAACACGGGUAUGCUUCGACGUUUCCAUCAGUUCAAAACACAAGCUAUCAGAGACAAAGGAAAUUUCGAAAUAAAAAGUACAACAGCAACAACAACCACAGCAGGUCCACACACAACGAGCUGGAGAAGAACAGGCGGGCUCACCUGCGGCUGUGCCUGGAAAGGUUGAAGGCGCUCAUACCGCUGGGACCGGACUGCAGCCGGCACACCACCCUGGGACUGCUCAACAAAGCCAAAGCACACAUUAAGAAACUUGAAGAAGCAGACCGGAGGAGUCUGCACCAGCUGGAGCACCUGGAGCGGGAACAGCGCCACCUACAGAGGCAGCUGGACCAGCUGCAGGUGGUCUGCACCGGGGAUGGGGAGAGGAUACGAACGGACAGCGUGGGCUCCACCCUGUGCUCCGACCGCUCCGACUCCGACCAAGAAGAGAUCGAGGUGGACGUGGAAAGCACCGAGUUCUCCCAUGGAGAGCUGGACAGCGCGAGCACGGCCAGCACCAGCGACCUGGACGACCACAGCAGCCUGCAGAGCAUGGCCAGCGAUGAGGGCUACUCCAGCUGCAGCGUCAAACUGGCCUUCUCCUCCUAGAGCCCGACACGACCGGACCAGACCGGACCAGACCGGACCGAGCCGCAUCAAACCGCACCGCAACGCGCGCUGAGGGUGACCCGAACACCGAGCCAACCACAGGCCUGACACCGGAGCGGUCUCUUUUGCAGCACAGAGCGAUCGCAGA